AUGAGUCGCAAUAUACUAAAAUAUAGACCUCCUGCGUCUCCAAAUAAGCCACCGUCGGCGCCGGAGAGAAUGCUUCCGAAAGGGCAGCCGGUGCCCUUGAAUAUUAACUUUUUAGUACAAGGCAAUACGAUUCAAAGAACUCAAAGUGAACAGUGUGAUUCAAACAAAAACACGUCGUCUGCUGGAACUACUCGUGUUACUAAAAAUAGACCUUCUUCGGCACAUGUUGAUAAGCACGUGCUUAAAUCAAUGUCACGGUCACCAAGUGUUGAUAGCUCUUUCUACAAUAAAUUUGAAAGACUAGACAGAGACCAAAUAAUUGGGGACACCGCGUAUAAGGAAAAGGGCGGCCGUGUUAAAAGUGCCGGAUGUUUAAGACACGUGCCUCAACGACCUAGUUUUUCGAAACCGCGAAAGAGAUCAAAAAGUGUAAGUUCUAUUUCUCGGAAAUGUCCACAAAAAGAUAACAGCAAUGAUGCCAUGAAACCCGUGCCGAGUAGUGGAAGCUUUUUCGAAAUGGCUAUUUCUUUUGAUGAUGAAACACAACAAAACACAUUAUCAAAUGCAGUUCGGCAAGUAAGUCCGCGGACUUUAGGGAUUGAGAAAAACACUGCACAUACUACCAGACGUCGGCCGCGCUCUGGAAGAAAACCUAGGGAAAGAAGUUUAUCAAGCAAGCGCAGUGACGGAAGUGAUAGUCACUCGGUUGGAACAAUCAGCAGGUGUUCAAGUGCUAGUUCGAGACAUGAAAGACCUUUCCGGAAAGAUCGCUCGCGCAAGAGCCGAAGCAGAACAAGAAGAUCGACCCCAAGGGUAUCCGAUCAUGGAAAUAGUUCGAAGAAAAGUAGUCCGGAGCGGAAAUCCAAUUCAACAAGGUUUGUAAGUUCAACUAAAGACAUCAAUAGGAGGAAAGUUAUUAAAAGUGACCAUUCAAAACAUAAACUGCUUAUUAAAAAAUUAAACGAUAUGCCAACACCAUCAUGUUUCGAGACUUUUGAAACAACUGAGCGCAAAGGAGAUUUUGCGUAUCACUACACGCCGUCACCUCUCAGGAGAAGUCAGGACGAAAAAAGUAGGACCUCAAAAAGGAAAGAAAAGGGACACUCGGCUAUAGAGGCCGUUAAAAAAGCAAAUAAUGCUAAAGAAACGUUGAAAGAAAUGAAAGAAAUCGAUCGAAUUAUGUUCCCCGAAGAAAGACGGUAUAGCUCAUCAAAAUUGCCAAAAUUAAAAAUGAUGGUGGCCCCUACGGCAAUGCCACUUGCGACAUUGGUUCGAGACACUAGUGCUAAAAUGCUGAUGGCAAAUCACUAUGAUUCGAAACGGACUUUUUAA